AUGUUUAACGCAGCAGCUAAUCCACCACAAUGCCUGGCUGAAGCUGUUAAUAUUCGGCAGAAGGGUCCCGUUCUGAUGCUCUCCAAAGAUCACCGGGAUCUAUUGAAUCACCAUGAUGAUGAUGCAGUCCUCCUUAAAGAGCAGAAGCUAGAGGAUAUCAAAAAUCAAUGUUCUCAGUUAAUUAGUGAAUUGGACACAGACAAAGACCCCAAAGCCAUCAUCAGAAAACAUAUCACCAAGCUAAAAGACUAUAACGAUCUUCAAGACAUCGCAUUGAGUCUUGUAACAAUGAUUGCAGACCACCAUCACCUUAGGACAAUCGAUAUUCUCCAGGAAAUGAAUAGUGAGUCAACCGGGGAAAUGAAUAGGGAACCAACCGGUGAUUAA